AUAAGAAAAUUUCUGCUUUGGUGUGAAUAUUCCGGCCAUGAAAUCCUGUGGUUUAUGAUGAUAUCUCUUUCGCUAUGGUUAUACCGUCAUGAUCCUGUUUCAUUAUCUUUCAAUUUGAAUCUUGCCAUAGCUUUCGUUUUAGAUAUUAUCAUUGUUGUCUGCUUGAAAAUGUUAUUUCAAAGGCGAAGACCCGAAGCAAAUAAGAUCGAUAUGUAUGUUCUAGCGUCGGUAGAUCACUAUUCUUUUCCAUCUGGGCAUGCAAGUAGAAUAACAGCCUUAGCAUGUAUAUUACUGCACCAUCCAGUUCUACACAACGGUUAUAAAAUUUAUGUAUUAGCAUGGGUUAUUAUUGUCUCUUUGUCACGUACGUUAGCUGGAAGACAUUUCCUUGGCGAUGUUCUAUGUGGUAACUUGAUAGGA